CAGCAGAAGUGGUGAUAAUUAUGAAGUCUAAUGGCACGCUCUGAUAACGCUGGUAGAUGGUACUGUGGUAGUCUACUAGCAGUAUUGUAGGCGCGAAGCACGACACGGUGCCCCGAGUAAGUCUACCAGACACUACACUCCCAGGCAUCACCACUGUCUCUGUAGCCAUCGGUUGGCAGCUCGAAGACACGUCGAGGAAACUCAGCGCUAAUUCUUCUUUCUAUUGCUUUGGACUUGCACUUACAGUCGUCAAGUAGAUCUGUAGAAUCUGAUGUAGUUCGGAAAGAGAGAGUGACUCAGUCAUCUACCACACGGUGUUGCGGGGUGAGGUGCAGUGCACGACCGAUCGACUGACCGACUAAGCUAGCGACCACAGGUCCAACCGUUCGUCCGCUGUGAAAGAUGAGAAUGCUGCUGGUGACGCUACUGCUUGUUGGCAGUCUGACAAGGAGUGCCAUGAGUCUGGAUAAUGGCUUAGCACUGACGCCAGCCAUGGGGUACAACUCAUGGUACGACGUCACCUGCUCCGGCGAUAUGAACGAGAAGAUCAUCAUGGCAUCGGCAGAUGCCAUGGUGUCCACGGGCCUUGCAAAGCUGGGGUACAAAUACAUCAAUCUUGAUGAUUGCUGGGCCAAGGGACGUGAUUCCACUGGGGCGGUGUAUGCUGACAAUGCCACGUUCCCAUCUGGGAUGAAAGCACUGGCUGACUACGUUCACUCCAAGGGGCUACUAUUUGGCGUGUACACUGAUCGGGGAACCAACACCUGCGGUGGUCGCCCAGGAUCUCAAGACCAUGAGACCAUCGAUGCAAAGUCAUAUGCAAGCUGGGGUGUAGAUUAUGUGAAGGAGGAUUCAUGCCAUGCUCCGAACACUCAUGGUUCCGGCUAUGCCCAGUAUGGCAAGAUGAGAGAUGCGCUGAAUGCCACUGGUCGCCCUAUCUACUUCUCCCUGUGUGGUUGGAAUGAGUGGUAUGCUCCGGUGGGCUACAGUCUUGGAAAUAGCUGGAGGAUAUCUCGCGACGACACUAAUUGGGGUGGCAUCAUAACCAAUAUCAAUGUCAACGCUAAGCUUGCUCCAUAUGCCGGUCCAGGAGGUUGGAAUGAUCCCUGUCUUCUUCUGGGAAAUACAUCAGCCAACAAACCCCGCAUCACGGAUCUACAGCAGAGAAGCCAGUUUAGCAUGUGGGCUGUGAUGGCGUCACCACUACUGAUCAGCUCAAACAUCAGAAAACUAUCAACUUACGCCUUGGAGACGUAUUCAAACGAGGAGGUCAUAGCUGUGAAUCAGGACAAGAUCGGACGACAAGGCCUGAGGUUGGCUGGAGGCGAUCUGAGUGGAGAAGGUGUCAAGCAAUCUACUCAAACUGACGAGAUACCCAAACACCUCCACAAGAGGACUUUCGAUCAUCUACCAUCUGAAUUACCAGCACAGCAGAACAUCUGGGGACGACAAUUGCUUGACGGCGGUUGGGCACUAGUGUUCUUAAACAAUGGCAAAGAUGAUGUGGAUAUGACCUGCGAUGCGGCAUGUUUUGCACCGACGGGUUUUGACGCAUCGACAUCAUUUACCGUACGCGACCUCUGGCUGCAUAAGGACAUUGGUACAGGGACUGGUAGCAACUACACAGUCAGCAAAGUACCCGCAAACGGUGGCAGCGUCAUGCUGAAGCUGUCAUUUUUGCCUUGACAUACCAAAGGAGGCACGGAUGAAAUUGCAUGGACUUCACGUUAGGACUGCACAAGAAUGACAUCGGAUGGCCAUGACCAUGACCCAUUACAUUUUGAUACACAUACUUCAGUAUAACUAUCAUAACCAUAAAGUUUGGUAUAAAAUCCUGUCCCGUACGAGUACAGAAACCUGAUUUACAAGUUGGACCGUUGGAACAUAUGCCUGGUUUUAGUGCUGACAUACAUUGAAUAUGUGGUCUAAAUACAAGCUUGAUCAAAAUAGAACCCUUGUACGGACGUUGGCUUCGACAGGAAUAGGUCCGGACUUUGUUCGCGACCAUACUAUGGGCGCAUGAUGAAGGGUGAUGUAUUAUUAUUUCGAUGUUCAUAGUUAGUUGUAAGACUGGAUCAUAUUUUUUAUGUCUGACUCUGUCAUCCACAUAAUUUUACUUAGAAGUACAAGCACACACUUGCGGCAAUACCCGGCCCUUAUCUGAUCCUUUUUCAGUGGCCAGUUGAAAGAAUGGAACUUGAAUGAUUGUGAUUGUACCCUGCUGGGCUCAGCAAGUUUGGGCAUCAUGCGUGCUCGCUCUUCCUGUCACCAGCCGGCGUGCACCAGCACUCCAAGGGUUCCAGUUUAGGUGGGAGGUGAUAUCAUAUGCUGCGGCCAGGUGCAUGACAUUCUUGCCAUGGCCGGAUUGUUUACUAGUUUGUUAGUUAGUUUUUAACUUUUUACCUCAUUCUUGUACAUGUAGACUCAAGUGCAGCCAACUAACCUCUUUACCACAAUAUCGCCACUGCCGCCGCCGCCACAACACCACCACCACAAGGGCACCAUGAGUAUGAUCUUGAAUGCUGCAACUAAAUUCCAAUACUGUAUCUCCAAAUUGGUGCCCUUGGGGCCACGCCGGAGAGUACAUAUUAUUAUGAUCCCUGUCCUCAGCUCGGUUGAGCGCUUUUCUAGUUAGCGUUAACGUUACCUGCCAACGUGUAAAGCUUGCUGUGUUCCUCCCAGUUAAAGCACUCUUACAUUCGUGCUUUGACCAGGCUUUGUUGUUCACUAGACUUCAUUGCAUCACUCUGCAGUAUACUUAGGGGCCUAUUAUAACUAACUAACUAAAAAGUGUGCAACUCCAGCCCGGGCUGGAGCAAGCGGGCCAGCCCGCAGUGAGUUUAUAUGUGCCGAGCACACGCCAGCCCGUUGUGAGUACCGGUAUGCACGAUUGUUGCUGCCCCGGGCUGAAACGCAGGGCUGCAAGCCAUACUCGUGUUAUAAACCUAAAAACUUUUUUUCUCACACAAUGUAUUCUUCUGCUGAUUUCUUUUCGCGCUAUGCAUGGCACACAUGCUUGGUGUGUUGUAUCACCUCGUUUUUUCCUGUUUUUUUCACAUUUUACUUGUCCAUAUCAAAGUGUUUUGCAAGUACGUAGUUCCCCUUCCAUUGUAAAAUACAAUCAUGCAUGUCGACAAAUAAACAAAAUAAACAGUGCUCACAGUGCUCACAGCAUAUCCUUCUUGUUGCUGUACAAAAAGCUUCAUAGAUUUUCAAGACAAUAUCGGGAAUCCUCUUUAUAACUUCCCUCAAAAGGUAAAAGUACCUAUUUUGUAGUAUGAACACAGUGUCGACCCCAUAAUAAUACAACUCUGGCCCAGGCUGGUCUGUUUA